CGUGCCCAAGUGGGAACGAAUUCUUCAGCAAAGUAUCCACUCAUUACGGAUAUGGAGGUGGUGCAACGCCUUACUAAACCGUGCUUCUGGCUACAUGAGUGCAUUAGUGAUGCAGCUGAUGGAGCAAUGAUUGAGAUUAAGUUGUCGCACCACCAAUUCCACUACAUUGAUGAGGAUACAUCGACCUACAUUUGUAAGGAUGAUAUUAAAGAAUUCUUACUUGGGGAAGAGUUGAAUGUUUCCAUGAUACAAACAUUCAUGAGGCUAUUAUACAAUGAUGUGAGGCGAUCUAGUCAGCCAAUCUUUGGUUGGUUAUGUCCAAGCUUUGUACGAGAUGACAGUUGCAUACAAAACGAAAAAGAGGUGAAAGUAUAUCUCAAGGAUUCUUUGAACGCAUGUUCUCGUCUUGGAUAUAAGAUCGUUCUUCUUCCUUACAUUGAAUCGAACCAUUGGACACUCAUUGCAAUAUGUGUGUCAAGUAACGAAGUCUACCACUUUGAUUCUUUGCGUAAAGAAACAAUACGGUCCUUACUAGUCAAAUCAUUGUUAAAUAGUGUGAUGAAGAAGAUUACUUCAUCUGGACUUCGACAAGGAAAAGCUCCUGUUUGGUAUUUAGUCGAGUGUCCGGUACAAGAAGGUGGACUUGCGUGUGGGUAUUACGUCAUGAGGUUCAUGCUCGAUAUCGUCAACUAUUGCAAAGAUGUUGUUGAUCUUCGAAAGGUUUAUGCUAGUUCCAAACCACGUUUGAGGAACUUCACCAAAGAAGAAAUUGACGAAGUUCGGGAUAAGUUGGCGUCCUACAUUACCGAUGAUUGCAUAGGAUGAGAUUUUCGC